AUGAAAUUUGAUAUGUCGAAUCCAAAUAGUGAAUGUGAUGUCAGGACUAACCUGCAGCAAAAGACCUUUUUCAGUAUACGGAUUUAUGAAGUGCUCUUCAUCUCUGCCUUUUUCAUUUUUAUCUAUUGUAUCUACCACACUGGCAUUGUUUUGUGGAUACUUUCCUUUAGCACAAUUUACAUGGCCUACUGUAACCUCGUGGCGUCCAACACAGAAAACCUUCCAGUCGAUGAUAAAGCCGUGUUUAUUACAGGCUGUGAUUCUGGAUUUGGCUUUGAUCUUGCUAUGCAACUCCUUGCCAAAGAAUUCAUAGUGUUUGCCGGAUGCCUAAAUACAGAGUCAGCUGGAGCACAAGAACUACGGGAUACAGGCUGUACACACUUGCAUAUAAUGAAACUUGAUGUCACAGAUGAGGAUUCUAUCAAGCAGUGUGCCAACAUUGUCCAAGAAAUCUGCGGCAACUCAGGUCUCUGGGCAUUAGUUAAUAAUGCUGGCAUUGACAGAUUUGGAAAUGUUGAAUUCACUACAAUGGAUAUGUAUGAAAAAGUGAUGGAUGUGAAUUAUUUUGGCACUGUCCGCAUGACCAAAUCAUUUCUACCUUUUAUCAGAAAGGCUAAAGGUCGAAUCUUGAAUGUAAGCAGCUGUGGUGGAAGAUUUGCAACACCAAACAGGGCAGCUUACUGCCCUUCUAAAUUUGCUGUGGAAGCCUUUUCUGAUAUCCUGCGACUGGAGACCCAGUGUUUUGGUAUCAGAGUGUGUCUCAUUGAACCAUGUCACUAUGGGGGUGCCACCAAAAUUCUUGAAGCCCAGAAAAAUUUUCUUGAUGCUUCUUUAGACCAAAUGUGGGAAAUUGCACCUGAAGAUGUGCGUCAGGCAUAUGGAAAAAAUUAUCUGUAUUACCUACGCACAUUUGUUGAUAUUGGAGUGCAAAGCAGCCACAAAAGCACCCGUCCUAUUGUAGAAGCCAUGUACCAUGCCAUUCUAAGCCCAUCACCAAAAUUCCGGUACCUCAUUGGAGGGGGGAAGACUUUUAUUGAUAUCAAUACAGUUUUUACUUAUAUGGCCGGUGUAGUUCCAGAAGCUGUGAUGGACUUCAUUCUGAGAAAAUAUCACCUUUCCGGUUUUCCUGUUCAACAACGUAUAGAAAAAUAA